GGAGGCAGCCGGUUUCCGGUAACGGCGGCGGGACGCGGUGCUGGAUGAGAAGGCGGCGGCAGCAACCUCCUCGUUAGCCGGGGCCGGGCUCUUUCUGCUGCUGGAUGCUGGUUUCUUUGUCGUCAGGCCCGCUAGAAAAAUGACAGAGUAUAAACUGGUGGUGGUGGGAGCUGGUGGCGUGGGCAAGAGCGCCUUGACGAUACAGCUCAUUCAGAAUCACUUCGUGGAUGAGUAUGACCCGACAAUAGAGGAUUCCUACAGGAAGCAAGUAGUAAUAGAUGGAGAAACCUGUCUCUUGGAUAUUCUUGAUACAGCAGGUCAAGAAGAAUACAGUGCAAUGAGGGACCAAUACAUGAGAACAGGGGAAGGCUUCCUAUGUGUAUUUGCUAUAAACAAUACGAAGUCUUUUGAAGAUAUUCACCAUUAUAGGGAACAAAUAAAGAGAGUUAAAGACUCUGAAGAUGUUCCAAUGGUGCUAGUAGGAAACAAAUGUGAUUUGCCUUCCAGAACAGUAGAUACAAAACAAGCUCAGGAUUUAGCAAGAAGUUACGGAAUUCCUUUCAUUGAAACAUCAGCAAAGACAAGACAGGGUGUUGAUGAUGCCUUCUAUACAUUAGUUCGAGAAAUCAGAAAACACAAAGAGAAGAUGAGCAAAGACGGUAAAAAGAAGAAAAAGAAGACAAAGACAAAGUGUAUAAUUAUGUAAAUACAAUUUAUCCUUAUUCUUAAGAAGUACUUAAGUAAUUUUUGUACAUUACACUAAAUUAUUAGCAUUUGUUUUAGUAUUACUUUACUUUCUGCUUCAUGAUCCUGUUAGCUUUACCUGAAUGCUUGUUUUAAAUGACAGUGGAAACUUCAUUCCUCUUAAAGUGCCAGUAUUCUUUGACUGUUGGUUCUUGAACUAGCAAUGCCUGUGAAAAAACAACAAAAAAAACAAAAACCCCACACAUAAAAACCUGGGAACUGUCUUAGGAUUCUUUGGUGCAUGUACAGUUGCUAACUUCCUGUUUUUCAUACUGAUUCUGAACUUCUAUUCUGUGUGCAAACUGAACAAUGAAACGAUGCUCUAACAUCCCCUUUAAUUUUUUGGUUUUUAAAUCUGGUUGGGAAAAAGGAAUAGUUAGCAAAAGAGACUUUCAUUUCAGCCUUUUAUUUUAGACUGCAAUACAGAGACCAGAAGCCUUUAUAGUCUUCCUGUAGAUUUUGCUUCUAGGCAUCUAGUCUUGUAGCAUUUCAGAUCAACUUUAAUGAAUGUAAAAGUAAAACUUCCACAAAAAUUUUUUUCACUGCAAUUUGUCACAGUCACUCCUUAAAGACUCUAUUUUUUCUAUUAAAAAAAAAAAUAAA